CGUCGUCCGACGUCAACUGCUGUCGGAGAUUCUGAAAGAUGGCGGCGACUGCGACGCUUCACCUCCGCGGCAUCUUUGCGCGUAUGGCCGUUUUUCUCCUCUUGUUGAACACGUUGAGCUCGGUGACCUGCGAUGAGCAGGUGCCGCUUCUCUUGUGGACGAGUGACGGGAUCUCCUCACCGACUCAGUCUCCUCCUGCAGCGGGUCACAUCAUUGGGCAGCAGCAGCUCACCUCCUACCUGGAGAAGGCUCUGAAUGAGGGGCCACGAAAUGUAGUGCUUUUCCUGCAGGACAAGAUGAGCAUCGAGGACUUCACCAUGUAUGGAGGAGCUUUUGGAAACAAACAGGACACGGCUUUCCCCAACCUGGAGGGGGCGCUGAUGUCCUCGUCCUCCCGUCUGGUCUUACCUGCCGUGUCCUGGCCCGCCUCCAAUGCAGUGAUUGGCCAGCUGCAGGACCAGUUGGAGACCUCCCCUCUGUACAUGGACCCAGAGACGCUGAGUCAGCUGAGACUCAACGCCUCCUCGCCCGCCCUGCUGGUGUUCAGGCUGCCGUACGGCCUCGGAGCCGAUCUGAUGUCUGCAAAAGAGAUUCUCAGUGGAAACGAUGAGGUCAUAGGUCAGGUGUUGAGCACCAUGAAUGUCCAGGCUGUCCCGUACACGGCCAUCUACACGGCGCUGCAGCCCUCCAGGGAGGCGGCGUCCCUCUCCAUGGAGGCCGGCCUCGGGGGAGGGCGCUCACUGCUGCAGGCCAGAGGGGGCUACCGGGAGCGGGAGAGGGAGAGGGAGAGGCAGCGCAGGAUCAAGGACAAGGCCGGCAUCCACGCACCUGUGGAGUUUAAGGAGGGGGAGGACACCUGCAUCCUGCUGUGGGCUAAAGGCCUGUCGGUGAGCAUCCUGCGCAGCGGCCGCUGGGAGGAGCACGACCUCACGCCAUCGACCUUCGGGGAGGGCGUGACCCCCCAGCUCCACGGAUCAAGCUGCACCAAAACCAAAUCCAAAUUGGUUCUUAAUUAUGAGAACGUCCUCGGCCACCGCAGCUUCAAACUGAUCUUUGCAAUGAGCCAGCGUAACUACCAGGUGUCGGCCCGCCGCUGGUUCACGCUGGACUCCGUGGAGCUCGAGUACGACCGCACCACGGCCAGGUUCAACGGCAGCAGGAAGGUUUACGCCCCCGCCGAGUACUCCUACCGCUGCGAGUCCGUCACCAACUUCCGCUGGCCCCAGCUGGUCCCGCGCUCCCUCACCGAUCCGGCCAACCAGUGGAGGGUCUCCUUCCAGGACUUCCAGAUCCAGGGCUUCAACGUGAGCGGCGGCGAGUUCUCCUACGCCAGCGACUGCGCCGGCUUCUUCUCCGCCGGCAUCUGGAUGGGUCUGAUGACCAGCCUGCUGCUGGUGCUGGUGCUGACCUACGGCCUCCACAUGAUCAUGCAGCUCCACACCAUGGACCGCUUCGACGACCCCAAAGGGCCGGCCAUCUCCGUGCCCCAGACCGAGUAACGCUCCCUUUGCUCCCUGUUGGUCUGUAGUAGGGCAUCAGUUUAUGCUUUAACGUGAAUGUGGUUGAACAACACUUAAGUUCUCUUCUGACCUAAAACAGUCAGCUUCACAUUCAGCUUUUCCAAAUGCGACAAACAUGGCGGCUGGAAAUAAAGAGGCUGAAUAAACAUUUGUAAAAGUGUCUAGUAGAGUGCUGAUAAGGUCUGGUUAUCACACAGGUUUACUAUAGAAGUUCAUCUGUCUGUACAAGGCGUGAGGUUCAUUUGUGGAGAUUAAGAAUCCUAAAUGUGUUUUUGAGAUGGUCAGAGAUUCUUCUGGACUACUUUUAGAAUAAUAAGUGUUGUUAAACCACUUCGUAGGUCUUUCCAACGUUGAUGUUACAACAUUGUUCCCCAUAAAGGUUUUACAAUUGUACAUACAGGGACACAAGGUUAUGAAAGUUAUUUAUUGGUGAAACUAACUUGUGUGUGUUUACAGUUACGGUAUUUGUGUGUAAAGAGUGAAAUAAAGGGAUUACUUCUGUGUAGAGAAUCAAACAAGGACCACAAAACUUUAACAUUUAACCUGUUAAUUGUUUUCCAUGACAUGAAGACUAUUUAUUACUAUUAAUGAUGCACUGAAUUAAUGUGAAUUAUCAUUUUACUGUUUAUUUAUUUGGUUGAUCUAUAGUGAAUGUUAAUGGUGUUGUGCUGCUGUGACCCCAAUAAAAUGAUCCAUGGAGAUUAAAAGAUCCUGUUUUCACUUCA